GAGUCGGUUCGUUUCUCUUUUAAAGUAGUUUAAUAAGAAGAAUAAACCUAUUUAUUUUGAUUAUAUAUCGGGGACUUGUUGUUACAAUUUGUCUGAGAAGGAUGGCCGCAUCUGCGAUCUUCAUUCUGGACCUGAAGGGCAAGGUGCUAGUAUGCCGGAACUACAUGGGCGACCUUGACCUGAAUGUAAUCGACAGCUUCAUGCCCAUCAUGAUGAAGAGGGAGGAAGAGGCAGAACUGUCACCUGUAGUGACCCAUGGCACCACCCACUUCCUGUACAUCAAACACAACAACCUCUACUUGGUUGCAAUUACUAAGAAGAAUACAAAUGCUGCUCUUGUGUACUCCUUCCUGUACAAGAUAGUGGAGGUUUUCAGAGAGUAUUUUAAGUCUCUGGAAGAGGAAAGCAUCCGAGACAACUUUGUGACUGUGUAUGAGCUGAUGGACGAGGUCAUGGAUUUUGGUUUCCCUCAAACCACAGACAGCAAGAUCUUACUGGAGUACAUCACCCAGCAAGGACAUAAACUGGAGGUGGGUGCACCACGCCCUCCGGCAACGGUUACCAAUGCCGUGUCUUGGAGGUCAGAGGGCAUUAAAUACAGGAAAAAUGAAGUAUUCAUGGACGUCAUCGAAUCCGUCAACCUACUUGUCAGUGCUACAGGCAGCGUACUGCGCAGUGAGAUUCUGGGCUGCAUCAAACUGAAAGCGGUUCUCUCCGGCAUGCCUGAGCUGAGACUGGGCCUCAAUGACAAAGUGCUUUUCGAGAUCACCGGCAGAGAGAAGAGUAAAUCUGUGGAGUUGGAGGAUGUAAAGUUUCAUCAGUGUGUGCGUCUCUCUCGUUUUGAGAACGACCGAACCAUCUCCUUCAUCCCCCCUGAUGGGGACAGUGAACUCAUGUCCUACCGACUGAACACUGCAGUCAAGCCUUUAAUCUGGAUUGAAAGCACGAUCGAGAAGUUCUCUCACAGUCGAGUGGAGAUUAAAGUGAAGGCCCGCAGUCAGUUCAAGAGCCGUUCUACUGCCAACAAUGUGGUCAUCAUGGUGCCUGUGCCCAGUGACGCUGACUCGCCUAAAUUUAAGACCAGCACCGGGCAUGCCAAGUGGGUACCUGAGAAGAGUGCGGUGGAGUGGACCAUUAAAUCCUUCCCAGGUGGAAAGGAGUUCAUCAUGAGAGCUCAUUUCGGACUGCCCAGUGUGGAGAGUGAUGAGCUAGAAGGCAAGAGGCCGAUCACAGUGAAGUUUGAGAUUCCUUAUUUCACAGUGUCUGGCAUUCAGGUCCGGUACCUAAAAAUAAUUGAAAAGAGUGGCUACCAAGCGUUACCCUGGGUGCGAUAUAUUACACAAAGUGGAGAUUAUCAGCUACGGACGGCCUAAGAGGGAUUUAUCACAGCGAUUCCUGUUUGCACAGAAAGUUCUGACCUUCUGAUUGCUCUUUCUGCUCCGAGACAGAGAGACAAAGACACGGGCAGAAGCGGCGGGACUCAGACAGUGCCGUGCUGUUCUUAAACCCCAGCUGAUCGGUUACAGUUGUGAGUGUACAUGCGAGAGAGAGUGUGUGUGUGUGUGUGUGUGUGUAUGUGUGUGUGUGUGUGUGUGUGUGUAUUAAUUAGGAUUAUGGAUGCAUGUGAGUAAAAAUCUUUGUAAACGCAAUAACUCAUCAUACAAUACAUUUAUUUACAAUAUUGAUACUAAACAGAAUGGUACUGUACUGUAAACUGAACUGAAAUUAAUUAUGUUUACUGACUAUAUUUACUUUACUUACUGUGUGUUUGUUUUUACAUUUAUAUUAAAGCUGCAUGUUUAAAUAGUUUAAAUUAAAGUCUAGUUAGUUACCUAAAAAUUCUAUAUAUACACAGAU